AGUUGACUUCAUAUGUCAUUAUCCACUACUACUGCUUCAUCAUCCAGUAGUAUUCGCUCCUCUGUACGAUGUUGUUCUGUAUGGAAUCAUAGCAAAGAUGUAUCCCCUAGCAUUGAUGCUUUACUUGAAGUAGCGGGCGGCCUGCCCGAGGAAAGUAUAUUGGAACUUCUGCAAAGAGCUCGAGAGCUGGUCAUAAAGGAAUCGUGGAAGGGGCGUGACUUUAUGGGGGAACUCCCAGAGGAGGCAAUCCAGUCUGUCGGACUAUUCCUGGGUUUCCGCUCCCUAAGUGCGAUGGCUACGACCAGCCAGCGAGUGCGGCAAUUGUUGGGACCGGUGUGGAGGCAAACCGGCUUACUCCUAUUCGAUGGCUUCGCAAUGGACGGGGAAAUCUUCGACGACCCCUCCAUCUACGCCGGGACUUCUGGGACGUCACUGAAGCACGCGGUGAAUCGCGAGAAGGACGACUACCGUUUCUGGCCCUUGCGGUGUGGGCACUUCAUGAACGGUAUCGCAUUCGAAGAGUGUCCUUAUCUGGUGCCACGCGAUGGGGUGCCGUCCUCAGUCCAACUGAGGUCUACAGAGGUUACUGAUAUCACUGCCGAGGACCUGAGCAUUGCUCUGGAGGACGUCUCGCCGUCACAGCACACGGGCUUGCAGGGGGAGUCUCAUGCGGCACAGGGUGAUGAUAAUGGUGGCGGUCGAGUUAGAUCGGUACCUUCGGGGUCCUGUUCGUUCACUUGUCCAAGCAAGUUUGAGAUACCAACGACGCACGAGAGGGGCAUCUAUUUGGAGUACUUAGUAGACCUUCAUUUCAGCCCUAGUGCUACUCGAGCGGUGGUCGGGGUCAUCGAUGGCAGCCAUAUGGUGACACCAACGCCGUCUUGUAGUGUGUCUACGACAGCGUCUGAUAUGGACUCCCUGGAAAUUCCAAGUUCGAAGUUGACGGACUCGUCGGGUCGGUCUGUGGAGAAGAUGGAGACCUGCGACUUCGCCUUGGAGACGGAUCCCUCAAUGUGGGCGAUAGCCUUCGGGCCGCUCUCUGCCGUGUUGUCCUCACAAGGGAAAUAUUUCGACCAGUUCGAGACCUAUGCGGUUGCCGGUUCAGAGGACUCGACAGAGAACCACUUGCUGUUGCGAGACUGUCUCCAUUCAGCAUUGCGGAACAUAGUGUCGGUCAGAGUGGGGAUAUACUUUCAACACGGCAAAGUAGCAUUCUUCCGAAAAGUAGAAGCCAUAGGCCCAGAAGGAGGUAUACUGGCUGCCGGCGAUUCAACAUCCUACGAUUGUACGGGGUUUGUGUAUAAGGCGCGACCGGAGCAGCGGUUCCUACGUCCAGCGCUCAUGUGUUGCAACGUGAAUGGCGAUGAUGAUUUCGUCCGAGCUGAGCUCACAGCUGUCUGCAAUAAGCCUCCCUAUGACCCUCAUGAUAACAUCGAGGCUCUCGACUAUCCGUCCAAGUGGGAGCAAUUUGCCCCGAGAGAAAUUGAAGAGUUGGAGGAGGAGGAGCAACGACUUGCUGAACAGGAGCAUUUCAUGGUCGAUCUUGAGAGUCUCGAUGAUGUACAUGAAGUCGCUCACGAGGCAUCCAGUCCUAGUGUCAUCGACACGCCCCGGUCUAGCAGUGCCGCCUUAGGGGGCGCCGGACCGAGAUGGUUGUCCCUGUCAAGUGAUAAUGGGGAAGAAACGCCAGUGAUCGGCCGCAAUAUGGGAGGCGGUAACAUGACGCGAUCAUCGUCUUCUAGCGAUCGGACGGAGUCUGCUGCAUACUUCUUUGACUCGGAAGAUUUUGAUUCUGUAUUCGAGGAUGGUGUGGCGGGCACGUAAAGUUAACUCAAACCGCAUGAAGACCCGUAAGAAGCAAUAAUCUUGACUUGGACACGUAUUUUCUGUCAAAUGUAACCUCGCCUGAGACUAUACCUCUAUCCCUUCCAACGCUCACAGUAAUCCUGCCCGACCUCAGCAUUGUGCUGAGCGAGCAGUGGUCGAGCCCUGCCGUUGUUUCAUGACCAUAAUGGCUCGUGACCAACAGUAAACUCUGCUUUAUCCAACUCUAAUUUUUACAGUUCCUCUAUACAGAGUAAAGCCAACGCUCCAUUACAUGUUAUUCACCCGAGUUUCAUUUCUGUGGUGCUCACAAAUCGGCAACUAUGUGAGCGCUUGUCACGACAGGGGCUUCGACCUAGUGUACAUUCUCUCCUGUCCUCUUUACAAGUCAUCAUCAUCAGUACAGUUUACUGCUAGAGAGAGAGAUCAUCGUACCAACUAACGAC